AUGAAAUGCUUUCCAGUUGAUGAUCUUGCUAAAGAUUUGAGAAGUUCGAACUUUGAGAAAAACUUACCUAUGCAGCGUAGCCUGGGCCUUGAGUGGGAUUUGAACUCGGAUUCGUUUGUUUUCGUGGUUGAAACACCACGCAAAACUCCUACGAGAAGGAACGUCUUGUCUACAGUUAAUUCAGUGUUUGAUCCUAUAGGUUUUCUAGCUCCUUUCAGCAUAGUGGGGAAACUUAUACUCAGAGAUAUAGUGACCGAACAUUGUGACUGGGACAAACCAUUGUCCACAGCUUUAGAGGCAAAAUGGCUUCAUUGGAAGAAUUUACUCCAUCUUUUGAGUAGCUUGCAAAUACCUCGAAGUUACUUUUCCGUAUCACUCAGAGUUAUCACUGAUUUAGAAAUGCAUGUAUUCUGUGAUGCAUCAGAACAGGCAAUAUCAGCAGUAGCGUAUUUGGUAGGACAUACAAAUGACUGCACCUCCCAUGUAGCUUUUGUUAUGGGAAAGUCAAAAGUCGCUCCGACUAAAGGUCAUACCAUCCCUCGUUUAGUGCUCUGUGUAGUAGUUCUUGCUGUAGAUAUUGCUCAAACAAUAGUUGAUCAGUUGAGAUUAAAAUUAAGUCUGAUUAAGUACUAUACAGACAGUAGGAUCGUUUUAGGAUACAUUCACAAUCAAACUAGGCGUUUUUUCACUUAUGUUAGCAAUCGUAUACAAAAGAUCAGACGUGUUAGUGAACCAAAGCAAUGGAAUUACAUUUCGUCUAAUGUUAACCCUGCAGAUAUUGGAAGCAGAGGUGCUUCUCCUGAUGAGUUGCAACGUAGUUCAUGGUUUUUAGGUCCAACUUUCCUACGUAAUCAGUCUGAGUCAGUUCCAGAGUUCUUUCCCAUUGUUGACCCAGAUCAGUAUAAAGAAGUCCGUUGUAAUGUGUCAGUCAAUGUUGCUAGUAUUGAAGUUUCAUAA